AAGGAAACGUGAAGAUCAUAACGGAACAGUAUGGGUCUAUGGGAAAUAAACGCCGUAACAGUUCCUCAUUCAUUCCGGCAGUUUUAAAACUUAAAGACAACGACUGCAUAUUAAACACGAGUCGUCUGGUUAUUUGAAAUGUAAAAAGGGAGCUAUCCUGGUUUUCUGGAUAAAGUGUUUUUGAAGGAAAUCUUCUAUAAGAUCAAAUAUGUCAGCACCGAGCCGUCUCACAGGAAGUGCUGUACUCAGCUCAGCCCAGGUGUGGACUCACUGAGCUCUCUGAUCUGCAUCUGUAUUUGGUUCGGGACUCAUGUGAGACUGAACAGAAGUAGAACCAUGUCAGAGACCCUCCAGCUGCCCGCGCUGCAAAUCCAGGGCCCGGCAGACGGGGAGUGCAAUGGAUCCGUGGUGGAUCCGGCCCUGUCCAGCUCGGCCAGCCCGUCUCUGCGCCGCAAGCGCUUUAAAAUGCGCCGUAUGAAGAAUGUAAUGAGCGAGAAGGAGCAGCUGGAGAAGGAACAACUUCAGCGCUCCGGCUCCAAGGAGUACCUGCAACUUCCGUCCAUUGAGAUCACGCCGUCCAGCGACGAGGAUGCGGCGUGGUCGAGCUGUUCCACACCCAGCGCCUCGCCCCAACGCAGACGCUUCCUCCUGCGCAAGUGGCUGAGGGGAGGAGAGAAAAAAGAGCACGGCAGUGAGAGCAGCAGUCAGCAGAGUAGCCUGCAGAGCAGCCAUGAGGAAGAGACCACACGCUACCUGAGCCCCAACACUCGCGAGGACAGCACUGCCAGUAACUCGAACCGCAGCACGCCGGCCUGCUCACCCGUCCUGCGUAAACGCUCACGCUCCCCAACGCCCCAGAGUCCAGAGGGAGAGAACAUGGUGGAAAAGAGCUCAGAUCAUUCCUCCGAUAAAUCCCCUUCCACCCCGGAACAAGCUGUCCAGCGCACCUACAGCCAGUCGCUUCAUACUACCCGCCCUGGAGGAAAGAACUUCCAAGGUAAAUGUUCACACAAGAGACUGUCUAAAAAAAGUCAAAGCUGGUAUAACGUUUUGAGCCCCACAUACAAGCAGAGAAAUGAAGACUUCAGGAAGCUCUUCAAGCAGCUGCCCGACACGGAGCGCCUCAUUGUGGACUACUCCUGUGCCCUGCAGAGAGAUAUCCUCCUGCAGGGUCGCCUCUACCUCUCCGAAAACUGGAUCUGUUUCUAUAGCAACAUAUUCCGCUGGGAAACGCUGCUGACCGUGAGGUUGAAAGAUGUUUGUUCCAUGACGAAGGAGAAGACUGCAAGACUCAUCCCCAACGCCAUCCAGCUGUGCACAGACAAUGAAAAGCACUUCUUUACCUCAUUCGGGGCGAGAGAUCGGACGUACAUGAUGAUGUUCAGACUCUGGCAGAAUGCUCUAUUAGAAAAGCCAUUGUGUCCCAAAGAGCUGUGGCAUUUUGUCCAUCAGUGUUAUGGGAAUGAACUGGGUCUGACCAGUGACGAUGAGGAUUAUGUACCUCCAGAUGACGACUUCAACACCAUGGGGUACUGUGAGGAGAUUCCCGCUGAAGACAACGAGGCCAAUGACAACUGCCCCAAAACUCCAGACGCCAAGAUGGACAUCAGCCCCCAGCUCCACAGGAAGGUUUUCCCCAAUAGCAGUCUCAAUUCCACAGACAGCACAGACGCUCCAGUCAAUUUUGAUGUGCCCCCGGUGGAGGACUUUACUGGCUGUGUCCCAGAAGACCUCCUGGCCCUGCCUUUACCUGACAACAAGCUGUCAGAGACCAGCGGCUCCGCCCAUGUUCCCACCCCACCCCCCUCCCUGGAUUUCAACGACAAUGAGGACCUCCCCACUGAACUGAGCGACUCCUCAGAAACACACGAUGAGGGGGAAGUGCAGGCCUUCCAGGAAGAUCUGAAUGGGAAACUUUACAUUAAUGAAGUGUAUAAGUUCAGUGUGGAUAAACUGUAUGACAUCCUCUUCACUGAAUCCCAGUUCAUGAGAGAGUUUCUGGAGCAGAGGCGCUUCUCAGAUGUGGUCUAUCGCCCCUGGAGGAAAGAGGACACCGGUAGUCAGACCAGAGAGAUCAUGUACACCAUCGCCCUCUCCAACCCACUGGCCCCAAAGACGGCCACAGUCACAGAGACGCAGACUUUGCACAAGGCCAGUCAAGUGAGCGAGUGCUACAUCAUCGACGCCGAGGUGAUUGCUCACGAUGUCCCGUAUCACGAUUACUUUUACACACUCAAUCGUUACAUGCUCACUAGAGUCGCCAAGAACAAGUGCCGUCUGAGAGUAUCAGCUGAACUGCGCUACAGGAAACAGCCAUGGGGAUUGGUCAAGGGUUUCAUUGAGAGAAACUUCUGGAGUGGCCUGGAUGAAUAUUUCAGGUAUUUAGAGCUGGAGUUGAAUAAGGUACAACUGGUGCUAUCUGAACCUCACAAACAGUCUCCCAAAUCCAAAGCGUUACGCACAGCUACAGUGAGGCGGAGGAAGCGGCCUAUGACGCACAUGCGGCAGCAGCACCUGGACGAGGCGCUCAGCCCAGUCACCACACCUGAGGAUGAGAAGAGUGUCAUCCGCCGCAUCAAACAUGUGGCAGGAUCCACACAGACCAGACACAUCCCGGACCACGGAUCUGAAGGCCUGGCUCUCUACAGCGUUUCCAAACUCCUGCUCAUCAUCAGUUCUGUGAUUUGUGUAAGUCUGGUGCUGCUGGUCUUUUUGAACAUGAUGCUGUUUUAUAAGCUAUGGAUGCUGGAAUACACAGCCCAGAGUUUGACCUCCUGGCAGGGUCUCAGGUCUCAGGAAAGUAAACUUCCGCAAACACAGAUUGAAUGGGCUCAACUUUUGGAGUCUCAGCAGCGUUUCCAUGAAAACGAGCUGGAGAAAUGGAGGGAAAUAAUAAAGUCAUCUGUGCUGUUGUUAGACGAGAUGAGAGAGUCUCUAUUGAAGCUACAGAAAGGUAUCGGGUUAAGAGACUAUGAUUCAGACAGUGAAGAAAGGAGAAGUCGCUAUCACUGACAAACAGAGUCCCGACUCAGCGAAUUUAAUAAACAUCUCCACAUGUAAGCGAUCAGAUGAGCUAGGCGGGGCUGGAAGGGGGCGGAGCAUUGUAAGCGGGCGGCGCUGACUGAACGGUUCUCACACUCAGUCUGGCUACAGUGCUGUGAGGCCUUUCUGACAGCAGACACUGAAGCAAACCCACCACUUUCUCCAUCUUUAGAGCCGAAAUGCAGUCAGAGAAAUCGGUCUGUUUGCCUAGGGCUAAAAGAAAUUCACCAAAACAAUUCAACUGUCACUGCAAAACAGACGCAGACUCUCUGGUUUAAACACUCGGAAAACUUGAGCGGAUGUUGGAACUCGGCAGCGUCACUUUUUUAAACCUUUUGGACUCUGGGACCAGAUAAAGAAAAUACGGAGUUACUAUCAACAAGUGUUACGUGGACAUGUACACGUUUAUUUAUAAAAACAAAAUAUGGAAUUGAAUGAUAUUAUGAUAGACAUGAAAAUAUAUAAUUUCUAUGUAGAGCUAUAUUUGUUGCCAGAGUUCAUUUGUAACAGGCUUCCAUGGAGAAUCAAGGCUGGUUCCUUGAUAGCUUGCGCCAUGGUGCAUCAACUAUAUGCAACUGGUUCAUCCUCCUCUGUUUGGAGAAAUGACUUCCUCUGAUUGAUUGAUUUGCAAUGGCAAAAGAGCUACGGUAACUAAGGUUGAACGGUAGAAUCAUCUACUGAGCGUCUGCGGCUGCAUUCCAGUGUUCAUACCGCUACCCGAUAAAAGUACAUACAGUACUUUUAGGUAUAUAGUUAGGACAUGGUUAAGGCCCAGGUAGACUUAAUUUUCCAUGUUCCGCACCAUCUUGCGCACAGCAGUUGCGCACGUAAGCCUUUCAAAGUACACUCCGUUUACAGUGAGCGUGAAUUGUUGCGUUUGGCAAGUGUGGACCUUUCUUUUCAAGCGCUCAAAUCACUCUCACAUGAGCUGUUGUGCACAAGUUGAUGUGGAUGCAAAAAUCAGGCUGCACUGUGGACAUUAAGGUGAUUUUUUUCAGUCUUCUUUGCCCACUUAAUGUGAUGAGUCAACUAUAAGAAAUCCAUAGGUUGAUUUGCCUGAAAAGUGAAACACUGUGGCUCUGUGGUGCUAUCAAAACAUCUCGACCAGCUUGACACAGCAACAUUGACUCAACCAGUGGCGCGAGUUUGGGGCGAGACUAUACCAAUGGUAGACAGCGCACACUUAUCUAUACUAAUAGAGUACUGCAUCAGUGGCAUAUUUUUGUAGGCCAAACCCGGAAACGAGUUCGCAUUUUAGCACUUCCACUUUCAUUAUCCUGAAGUCAAAGGGUUUUUGGCUGAAUGGGUUUUGGGUUAAACUCAAGCUCAAGCUUUUACUUGUCUUGAAGGCGGUGGCUAAAUGGGACUACAAAGGUUGUCAGGGACGCUAAACAUCAUAACACUGACCAGGAAAACUGUUCUUUAAAUGUUUAAAUAAAGAGUUUUAAAAGCUUAGUGAUGGUGACGUUGAAGUCAUGUGACCGUGGUGUAGUUCGUUUAUAGCCGAACUUUAGAUUUGUACUUUUGGCGAUUUGUAUUUAGACUUCAAAAUUCAUAAAAGUUGUUCAUUUGUGAAGAUCAUCAUGACGUGUAACUUAGUAAUCAUAAACUCUUGUUGGUCACAGAGCUUAUUUUCAGCAAUAAUACAGAAGCCACUUGAAAAAUCCUGUUGGGUUUUUGUCGAGGCAACCGUGCCAACUUCUGGGUUGGCCUACAAAAAUACAUCAUCACCUUGCGUACUAUUAUGAGGUGUAGUAUGGAAAUUGGGAUGCAGCCAUAAAGCCUGUGGUCAACCAAACCUCUCAUGCAGUAACAGUUGUGGUACAUUACUGGUUAACUACAGCAGGUCCACCUCAGCCAAUGGCAUCCAUUCAUUUGUGAAGGAGUUAUUGUUACAUGAAUGUGUUUCUUUUCUCCCUCAGGGUUCAUUUAUAUCCAGCUGUAAACAAAACCCUUAAUAUUGCCAAGCUUUGUUUUUAAAGCCAUUCCAUGUUUUUUUUUGUUGUUGUUUUUUUUUUCUUUUCAUGUUGUAUGUUGUUGUUGAUGCUGAACCAGCUGCUGGACGGGUGAGAGAUGCACAUUGGUCAAAUGAUUUUAGAAACUAUUUUACGUGGCUUUAUUAGUGGAGUGGAGCUGAACAGACUUUAAAGGUGCCCUAGAUUCAAAAAUUGAAUUUACCUCGCCCUAGUUAUAUAACAAGAGUUCAGUACAUGGAAAAGACAUACAGUGAGUCUCAAACUCCAUUGUUUCCUCCUUCUUAUAUAAA